UCUCUCACACUCUCUUUCCUUCUUAUACUGUUUUCCUCAUAAUAAAUUCAUCUUCUCCAAUCAACUAUUUCUCAAGUUUUCAUUUCCCUGCUUAUUCAUUCAUUCAUUCACCAGUACUACUGUGUUAUUCACUUAGAUGCCAUUUAGAAAAUGGGAAGAACUCCAUGUUGUGAAAAACUAGGGUUAAAGAAAGGUCCAUGGACACCUGAAGAAGAUCAAAAACUUUUAGCUUACAUUGAAGAAUAUGGCCAUGGAAGCUGGCGCGCAUUACCUCCUAAAGCCGGGCUUCAAAGGUGUGGUAAGAGUUGUAGAUUGAGAUGGACUAAUUACUUAAGACCUGAUAUUAAGAGAGGAAAAUUCACUCUUCAAGAAGAACAAUCUAUCAUUCAACUCCAUGCACUUCUUGGAAACAGGUGGUCAGCUAUAGCUACUCAUCUUCCCAAGAGAACAGACAAUGAAAUCAAAAACUAUUGGAACACUCAUCUUAAAAAACGUUUAACAAAAAUGGGUAUAGAUCCGGUGACACACAAGCCCAAGAGUGAUGCCCUGAGCUCAGUAACAGACGGUCAAUCUAAGAACUCAGCUAACCUCAGCCACAUGGCUCAGUGGGAAAGUGCUCGACUUGAAGCCGAAGCUCGUUUGGCUCGAGAGUCUAAGAUAAUCAAAUUCAAUACUUCUAUGGUCCAACAACGUCCAAAUUCAGGCUCAUUGGCUGUGGAUUCAUCAUCGUCAUCGUCGGCUCAACUCCUAAACAAAAUGGCUACACAACCAGCUGCUCAAGCGCUUUGUCUAGAUGUUCUAAGAGCUUGGCAAGGAAUAAAACGAGAGGCAACGUCAUCUGGUUCCAUUCUGGGUCUUGGUUCUAACCAAGAUUUCAUUGAGUCUCCUACUUCUACUUUGAGCUCUACGGAUAAUUCAAAUCCAUUCCCGCACAUGGGAUUUGAAGAAACUUCCAGGGGUGGUGUAGAAUUUGCCGAGGAUUUGAAUCAUUUUGGAGGAAUCAUGAAAGAAGAAUGCGAUGAAGAUUGGAAAGGGUAUGAAAAAUGUGUAGAUGAUGUUGUGUCAGCGGUCGAUGGUCAGUGGACAUUUGAACCACUAAAAAUUGUGGAUGGACAAGAACCAGUUCUGCAUUUCGAUGACGGGUUCACUGAUCUUCUAUUAGGACAUGAUGACCAAAAGGAUCAGGAAAUGAACGGUGGGAGCUGCCGAGAUCCGACUAAUGCCGACCUUGAAACUGGUAAAGCCGAUGAAUUUGAUCAAGAGAAUAAAAAUUACUGGAACAAUGUUUUCAAUUUGGUGACCACUUCUCCAUCAAAAUCACAUGAAUUUUAGAACUAGAACCAAAAGAAAUGUAGUAUUAACUGAAACUUGUUCGUGCAAAACUGAAGUGUAAUAGUGGCCAGAAAAACAAAAACAAAUUGUUGGUAGUGGUUUGAUCUUUAA